AUGGAAGGAAGCUCGAUAGUUCCAGAUUCAGUGAUGGAAUCAGUGAAGAGAACCUUGAGUCAUGUAGAAGAAGUUGGACUUCACUUCCACCAAUUCUUGUCUCUCUCCGACCCUGACGUCCUCGCCGAAACGCCGCCUCUCGAGCGAGCUCAGUCCCUGCUCUUGCUCGCCAGGGCCACUACCACCCUGUUCACCGUGAGGUUGAGGUGUAGUGGAGUAGACCCGGAUGACCAUCCCGUCAAAUCCGAGCUUGAGAGAUUAAGAGUGUAUCAGGAGAAGCUACAGCGGUUUGUGGAUUUGAGUAAAGCACCAUUGCGACCAUCUACUACUUUAAAUUAUCAGGCAGCUACCCGUUUCAUCGAGCAUUCUUUGCCAGACCUUACACCUGAUCAGAAGCGAAGUAUGAGAGACAUUAGUAGAGGAGAGGGGUCAAACAUUAAGUAUCUAGAAAGGAAGGUUCAAAAGAAGAGGAAAUAUCAAUCCCCUAAUAAACAAUCAGUUCAAUCUGCUGCCAAUGAGUUCCUUGAGAAAGCAGCCCGUGAAAUUCUUGGUGAUAGUGGAGGUUGUAAGGGACCUCUACAGGCCAACAGUUCAGAUGAAGAGGACGUGCCUAUGAGUUGA